AUGCAAACACAUGAUGGAACUUGUAAAAGAACUGAGCCAAGUCCACAGUCGCCCAUUGGUAAGAGCUUUGAGUCUUGUGUUAAUGGCCUUCUGAAUGCAAGUCAACAUAUACUUACUCCAUUGCCAGUUAGAAGUAAAGACCGCCCACCAUUUAAAAGGAGACAAUCUAAGACUGAGCAAGUUAUUAAAAAGAGACAACGAACGGGAAAAAAAACUAAAUAUCGUCAAGACAAUACUGACGGAGGAACAGAGAUACCUGCACAAAGUGAUGUCUUUUGUCAUACUAAUGCUCCACCAAUUUGUGAAAGUGAUAACUUGGUUGGAACACAAGAGAGCAAUAAUGCUGUAAUGGACAAUAUGGCUUUGUUACUAGGGCUAGCUCACUCAUGGUGGUCAUUCAAAUCAGUUGUACAAACGACCAUUGACAUGAAAGAUAACAUAUCCUACAGUCCAUGA